AUGGCCAAUCAAUCAUUGCAAGUUAGCGGAUACCGACUCCGAAGAACGCACGAAAAAUCCCGGAAUGGGUGCCUCAGGUGCAAGCAGCAGCGGAAGAAGUGCGACGAAAAUAGACCCAGUUGCUCCAGAUGUACCAAGCGCUCGUAUACUUGCCGAUAUCCGUUCCCUCUCAGCGAUGGCUAUCUGUCAGAAGAGCCGGAGUCAGCGGCCCAUUCGCCCGUCUCCGACCUGCAUGUAAUCUCCGGGCCCGAGUCUCCCGGCUCACCCUCACAUCAUCACCGUCAUCGUCAUCGACGGUCAGAUCCUACGCCUUAUUUCGAUGAAUACCCUGCCUCCCAGUCACGCUCGAGUACGGAUGAGGCAAGCCUGGACCCCUUCCGGCUGGGGCCGCAAUCUCCCAACUGCCUCGAUGCGACCGAGCUAAGCCUCCUAGCCCACUAUCUCACGCACACGAGCCACAUCAUCCCGGUCGACCAGCUCGACCUCUACGCACUUUCCGUCGGCGUACCCAAUCUCGCCUUCAGAAGCAAGGCCGUCAUGUCUUCAUUACUUGCCUUGGCAGCCGCAUGUCAGUCCCACGACAUAGCCAAGCAGGCCCCGACGCCGCAGAGCCUCCUGCAGAUCCGCGAGUUACUGGGGCUAGCCGAGCGCCACCACCGUGCCUCCCUCCGCCACAUCCAGGAAGCUAUGCAGAGCCCGGAGAUGUACGACCACGUUCUCGCCAAUGCGGCCCUGAUGGUGCUGUACGCCUCGGCCAGCCACUCCAUCCGCGUUCACUUGGCCGCUACGGCCAAGCAGCGGGGGCAACGGCUGCCGAGUGAGCUGCUGCCACAGCACUCGCAGUGGAUUUCGUUUACCCGUGCCGCACAUACGGCAUCUACCGCGGUGCUGAAUGACAUUGUGAAUGCGACGGACGGAGCUAGUCCGGCCAUGCAUACCGAGCCAAGUCUCCCUAGCACAGCCCUAAACACCCCGGGGGUCAUGUCUCCACAAGACGGCCCCUCCGAGCACACAAAGCGUCUCUUCCUGCCCAUUGUGGCAUCAACCUACACCCAAGCCUUCGAACGUCUACGUAAGAGAGCAGAAACCACAGCCACUCUCCUGAAAGACUCGAACCGAUCUAACAACAUGGCCCAACUCCACGCAUCCAUCGAAACAGUCUCCAUCCUCGAGCACUGCGCCGCAGCAGCUCUCACCCUACGCCGAACCCCCGCAACCAGCCCCCAAACCCAGGCCCUAGCCCUGCACAAACGCGCGCGCGUCUCGCCCUGGGUCGCGAAAUACAUGAUCAGCGUGACGUCGAUGGAGGCGCCGCAGAUCCUCCGCCGGAUCAUCAUGUCAUUCCUCAAUAAAGCGCCGACGGAGUAUCUGGGUCUCGUGCAGUCGGUUCUUGACUCCUCGUCCAUGGGGAUGGAAAGCUCCGCCUUCGCCAAGGUGGGAGUGCUGACGGCGACGCAUGUCCUGGCGAUGGAUAUCUUUGCACACUGGCUGGUGCUGGUUAUGUUGCUGGAUGGGGUGUGGUGGAUUGGGGGGAUCGGCCAGUGGGAGUUGGGGCAGGUGUUGGCCGUGCUGAAGACGCAGGAUUCGCUGGGCUUGGCGGAGACGGGGGAGACGUGGUGGCCCGAGAGUAUGUAUCUGGUCAAGCGGGAGCUUAGUCCUAGUGCUUUGUGA